CUGUAUCCGGUAUCAUUUCUAGUGUCACACGGGUAGAAGUUGUUGGUUUUGACGCGUGUAUGAUCAGACGUGGCUGGAAUAGACCGGGCGUACACAACGCCUUGACGACAAGCUGAAGUGAGAAUGAGAAGAAAGGUUGCCGCUCAAGAAGCUCUGUAUAGAAGCAUAUAAGGAAGGCCAACAUCCUGCCAGGAGCACCUCACCACACUCUCAUCUUCUCAAUCAACCUCAAUCACAACAAUAUAACCGGCAAAAUGCACUCCAUCCUCAUCACCACCUUCCUGGCUACUCUCGCAGUAGCCAACCCAAUCGCUCCCGGGCCUCCUUACCACUCCAAGCGGGCCAUAAACCCCAACACUGUCAACGCCCUCACCGCUGCCGAACUAACCACCCAGCGCAACGCCCUCCUCCUCGCGCAGUCCGAAACCGCGCGCGAAGCCAUCCUCUUCCCCAACCCACCUAACGCCGCAAACGACACUUUCCAAUUCAUCAACAACACCGUCACACCCCCUACAGCCGGCUCCAUCUUCCUGUCCACCAUCAACAACUUCCCGGCACUGGGCUCCACCGGCCUCGCAGCUGCCGUGGGUUUCGUCAACCCAUGUGGUCUCAACACGCCGCAUUGGCACCCUCGAUCCAACGAGUUCCUCACCGUCGUUCAAGGAACACUGAUCGGUGCACUCCUUCUCGAGAACGACAGCGGUUUCGGCAACGUUGUCGGCGGUGUACCACCCGUUCGCGGUCCAUACCAGCAGAUCGAAACCACACUCUCCAACUACACAGGUAUGCUCUUCCCCAAGGGCCUCAUCCACUGGCAGUUCAACCCCGAGUGCGAGCCGGCUGUUUUCGUCGCGGGCUUCGAUGUCAACGACCCUGGCCGUGUUGAAGCUGCUAGAGGCUUCUUUUCGGGUACACCGGAUGAGGUUCUUGAGGCGAGUGCAGGUUACAGUGAGUUUUUGACGCCGGAACAAAUUGCGGGGUUGAGGCCGCAGUUGACGAGCGAUUUCACGGCUAUUGUGGAGAGUUGCGCGAAGAAGUGUGGGAUUCCUUACAAGCCUGAGUCUUCGUCGACGGCGAGUGCGAGUGCGUACCCCACGGCUACGAGUGGGUACUAGAGUUGGGUGACCAGCGAGUGCAGUGGCUCGGUGUAGAGUGAGGUCGGAGGUAGGGUCUUACAGGAAGAUGUAAUCGAUUGUUUAAGGGUAGGUGACGGAGUCCAUGGUUAGAUCGCGCUUUCUUUUGUAUAUAGACACUCGUUAGACUGAUUUUAGUAUGCAAUAUAGACGAGAGAUAAAUUCAGAGCUCUCAGGGAGAUGUUUCAAGUAUCCCUUAACGUGCUUGCCGG